GGGUAAUUAUACUGUUUGUGUUAACCCCCCAAUUUGGGGCGGAAGGAAGGGAAGCAAAAAAUUAUUUGCUUUUAUAUUUUUUUUUCUCCUCCCCACUUUAAUUUUCUACGGUUCUUCUUCUCCCUUUUACUUUGUUCUCUUCCAUCUCUCUUCCACCAUUCACUGCGAAAGACCUACCCAUCCCACCCAAACAAAUCAUAAACCUAGAUUUAGAAGAUAGAAAUUCUGAUUCCGCCCACUCCGACUCGUCGGCUUCAAUCGGCCGGCGGAGUCCUGUCAUCCUCAUCUCCGAUUGCUGUGUUAUACAGGAGUUGGGUCGAUCUACUAUUCUUGUUGUGGUGUUCUGUUUUUCGGAUCGUUGGCCUGCUCGAGAAGGGUUCUUCAUUCAAACUUUGCUGGACGUGUCCCUGCUCUUUUUGAAGAUGGAUAAUGAACCGCAUGCUUUCAAUGGAGAUGAUGUUCCUGUUUUUUGCAAGGUAGUGCCUACAGUGGUGAAGAUUUGAUUGCUUUCACUCGUGAGCCAUCACCGCAUGCUUUCAAUGGUGAUGAGCUUGUCUAACAAACCAUCUUUCUGGAUGAAUGAUGACUAGAGUGUUUGUUAGUUAUUUUUGCUUAUAUGUCUAAAAGCCAGGUAUUAUUAUGCUUGUAAUUUUGAGUGUUA